GCUCCAUAUUUCUGGCCUUCUAACUGCUGGGAGCCAGAGAACACAGACUAUGCUAUCUAUCUGUGCAAGAGGACCAUGCAGAACAAGACUCGUCUGGAGCUGGCUGAUUAUGAGGCGGAGAACCUAGCCAGACUACAGAGAGCCUUCACUAGGAAGUGGGAGUUUGUCUUCAUGCAGGCCGAGGCUCAGGUCAAGAUCGACACGAAAAAGGAUAGAAUUGAGAGGAAGAUUCUAGACAGUCAAGAAAGAGCUUUCUGGGAUGUCCACAGGCCUGUGCCAGGUUGUGUGAACACCACAGAGAUGGACAUCAGGAAAUGCAGACGUAUGAAGAACCCACAGAGAGUCAAGAAGUCAGUGUAUGGACUCAUAGAGGAGGGUCGGUCACAGAGCCCGGUACACACACCCUCACAACUAGCCAGGAAAGGCACCAAAGAGGACGUGGAGAAAGAGAUUGUGUUUCUUAACAGCCAGUUGGACCGACACUGUAUAAAGGUUUCAAAAGUCGCUGAGAGUCUGAUGACCUACACUGAGCAGUACCAAGAGUAUGACCCGUUUGUGAUGUCACCAGAACCCUCCAACCCCUGGACCAGCGACGACCUCUCAUUCUGGGACCUGGAGGCCAG